AUGGCUGUGGUAAAUAAACGCUUUUCAAAGUUAUUUAUACUACUUGUUUCGAUAGGAUUCUUCUUCCUAUUAACUAAUAGACUUUACAUUAAUAAUGAUUCUGUGUCUGUGAAAGAUUAUAAAGAGUAUCUUCAAAGUUACAUCAACAAUAAUGCCGGAGAUAGUACGGAUGCACAAGGCACUAAAGGAGGAGAUGAAUCAGUACCUGCGGCAUCUAAGGGUAAGAAUCCUGUUCUUAUGAGUACCGUUGAAAGUAAUACCAAAAAUAGAUUGAGAGAGUUCUAUAAUGAGGUUUUCCAAUAUUUUAUUAAUUAUUCUCCAAGUGGGAAAUCAGCACGUCAUUAUCAAGAUGCUUGUCAGUUGAGUGAAAAGAUGGGUAAUAGACCGCAUGAAUAUGCAAGUUGGUAUAAAUUAUCUUAUACCGAACUGAAUAAAUGUCUUUCAAUUUCAAAAUCUGAUGUAUUAAAUUUGAAAACUUCACAUAAAGAGUUCGUGGAAAAUUUAGGUAAGCUAGUACUACCAAAGAACUCAUACAAAGGUAAUGGUAUUGUCACAGUAGGUGGAGGUAAAUUUUCAUUAAUGUCAUUACUUGUAAUAAGAACUUUAAGGAAUUUAGGUACAACAUUACCCGUCGAAGUUUUCAUCCCACCGCAGGAAGAGAAAGGUGAAAUGGAAUUCUGUAACAAGAUCCUCCCACAAUAUCAUGCUAAAUGUAUUUAUAUUAGUGACAUUUUACCGCAACAAAUGAUUGAUAAUUUCGAAUUUGCGGGUUAUCAAUUUAAGUCUCUCGCUAUUAUUGCAUCAAGUUUUGAAAAUUUGUUAUUAUUAGAUGCAGAUAAUUUCCCGAUCAAACCGUUAGAUCACAUUUUUGAAGAAGAGCCAUACGUUUCUACUGGGUUAGUCCUAUGGCCCGAUUUCUGGAGACGUACUACUCAACCGUUAUAUUAUGAAAUUGCUGACGUUUCAGUAGAUUUCAAAACUAGGGUACGUAACUCAAUCGAUGACAUUACACCUCCUCCUGUGUACACUAAAGAUAUGAAUGAUCUUUCGAAUAUUCCAUUGCAUGACCUGAAAGGUACCAUUCCUGAUGUUUCUACAGAAUCAGGUCAAUUGAUGAUUAGUAAAUCAAAACAUUUGCCAACAGUUCUAUUAGCAUUAUACUAUAAUGUAAAUGGACCAAGUUGGUACUAUCCAAUCUUUUCACAAAAGGCAUCAGGAGAAGGCGAUAAAGAGACGUUUUUAGCAGCAGCUAAUUUCUACGAUUUACCUUACUAUCAAAUUAGAACAGAAGUUGGUGUUGAUGGAUACCAUCAACCAGAAAAUAAAGGUUUCCGUGGUGUAGCUAUGUUACAGCAUGAUUUCGCGCAAGAUUAUAAAAGGUACGUGAAGGCUAAAGAAGAAGUUAGACUCAAAUAUGGUAAAGAUAGAUAUUCUAGUAAAAUAAAGUAUGAUCCAAAUUAUGAUGUUGAUUCAUUUUACAGGACAUAUUUUGACAGUGGCUCUGAACCUGGUCAAGGUGGAGCACAAGAAGUUGAUGUAAUGUUUAUUCAUUCAAACUUACCUAAAUUUGAACCAUUAACUUCAUGGAAAACUUCAGAUUUAAUAAUCGAUGGGAAACACAUAAGAUCUUUUACGAAUUUGAAAAGAUUAAAGAAUUACGACAUUGAACUAGAAAAUUUCAAGAUAUAUCAUGAGGUUCUAUGUGAACAAGGACUUCAUUUCAAAUACUUGGAUGAUGCAUUAGGAAAUAAUAAAAAUGACAAGUCCAGUAUGUGUAAAUACAUCAGUGAUAGAUUGGACUUCUUGCAAUCCACACAUGAGGCAGCAAUUUCCAAUUAG